AUGUCGACGCAUAUCACUUCUCUUGGGACUCACCACUAUCUCCCAAUUAUCGACGAAGCGAGUCGGCUUCGACAGUGUCUAGUGGAGAGCGAGACUCGCCUCCAACAAGUGGCUUCGGAUCUUGCAGCAGCUCUCUCUGCCGCUGCCAAGCUCCGGCAGGAAUGCGACGACGCGCAGACUCGACUCUCCCUGCUCGCUCCCAUCUGGAAAGUUCCUGUGUACAUUAUGCAGGAAAUAUUCUUUCACUGUUUGCCGGCCGAUCGGUAUAUCAGUCCAGCGUCCACGAAGGCACCCCUGUUGCUGACGCAAGUCUGCUCCUCUUGGAGAAACCUAGCAAUAUCCACACCCAUGCUUUGGAGCUCGUUGUUCGUCGUGCUUAGUCCCUUCAACGCCAAUGAACGUACGCGUCACGUGAAGCUAUGGCUAGGGCGCUCAGGCCAAGGAGCGUUGUGUUUCAAUGUCUACGCUCCAACCGUUGACUUGCAACUUCAUCCUCUGCUUGGUCUGCUAGCCGCUAAUAUUCACCGCCUGAACCAUCUUUCCUUGACCAUCCCCUCUACGCACCUCUCAUCUGUCAACGGCAUAAUCAAUGGGAAUGCCCCACUCCUCGAGUCAGUGGUGAUCACCCUGAGCAAGGGCGGGACAGCAGGACAUCCUACACAUCCACUGCGUAUUACCUCGAAAUCGGCAACUCGACUACGGUCACUCUGGCUUUGCUUUCGUGAUCAGGUCAUGCAGUCGUACUCCUUCAAUACGACACACAUCUUGGACCUCAACAUCGUCCAAACAACGCUUACUGCUGACCAGUGCCUUCAACUGUUAGCUGGGUGUCCGUAUCUGAAGAAGGCACAGCUACAAGUAGUGAACACGCCGAUUUUGGAAGCCAGCGGGUCUAAAUGCGUCACUCAUCAUCACCUGAACUCGCUCGAAAUUCACUCGAUGGUGUCAUUAGGCUCUUUCCUCGAUCACUUGAUACUCCCGAACCUCCUGUAUCUGAUGGUAGCUGAUGCUUCUACCGAUCUCGAGAGCAGCACCAGUUCAAUUGUGUGGCAGCCUUCUUCAUUUAUCAACUUUGUUGGCCGAUCACAAUGCAACAUCACUAGCCUACGCUUUACCCAAGUUUUGGAGUCCGACGAUGCUCUCAUUUCGUGUCUCCGCUCAACAAGUCACUCGUUGAAGGAGCUGCAGGUCUCGGACUUGCGUGGGGUCACAUUUCCUAUCACGGACAGAGUGCUGCAGCUUCUGACGAUUCACCCACCCAAUCCCCAAACGCCUAGCCUGUGCCCAAGGCUAGAAACGAUCAGGUUCGGGACAUGCCUUUCCUCUACAGACGGGGUGCUAGCACAAAUGCUGGAGUCAAGAUGGUACUCGGCAGAGGUCUCAGAAUUUGCUCGUCCGAAAUUCAUGAAUCCCCGUUUGGACGUAAAGCGGAACCCUCGGGACGUGGCAAUGCUCAGUAAGCUUCGCGCUGCUGGAUUGCAAACUGUAUGA